CGGGCAGGCGGGAUGAUGGAGUCCCCCGGCGCCUCCCGCCGCCGCCCGCUGCCGCUCUGCCUGCUGCUCGGAGCGCUCUGCGUGCCGCCAGCUCUGGGAUUGCACACAGUAAAUGCAGUGUACGGAGAUACUAUCAUUAUGCCUUGUCGUCUAGAAGUACCAGAUGGUCUUAUGUUUGGAAAAUGGAAAUACGAAAUGCCCAAUGGAUCUCCAGUAUUCAUUGCCUUCAGGUCAUCGACAAAAAAGAGCGUCCAGUAUGAUGAUGUGCCAGACUACAAAGGCAGGUUGUCUCUCUCUGAAAACUACACGUUAUCCAUCAAGAAUGCAAGGAUCAGUGAUGAGAAGAAGUUUGUGUGCAUGCUCGUAACCGAAGACGAUGUUUCCGAAGGGCCCACGAUAGUCAAAGUGUUCAAGCAACCAUCUCAACCCGAGAUCUUGCAUCAGGCAGACUUCUUGGAAACAGAGAAGCUGAAAAUGCUCGGGGAAUGUGUUGCAAGGGACAGUUACCCGGAAGGCAAUGUUACAUGGUACAAAAACGGGAGAGUUUUGCAGCCUGUGGAAGAAGCUGUGGUCAUAAAUUUGCAGAAGAUUGUGGACAAGUCAACUGGGCUCUUCACCAUGACCUCAUCUCUGCAGUACCUGCCAACAAAGGAAGAUGCAAACGCAAAGUUUGCUUGCACGGUGACAUACUAUGGACCAUCGGGACAGAAAACAAUGCAGUCUGAACCAGUAGUCUUUGAUGUUCACUAUCCAACAGAGAAGGUGACUAUCCAAGUGCUGCCACAAAGUCGGACCAUUAAAGAGGGUGAUAACAUCACUCUGAGGUGCUCGGGGAACGGUAACCCGCCGCCACAGGAAUUCCUGUUCUACGUUCCAGGAGAAACAGAAGGCAUAAGAAGCUCAGAUACUUACGUAAUGACGGACGUGCGACGCAACGCAACAGGCGAAUACCGGUGCUCCCUGCUGGACAAAAGCAUGAUGGACUCGACCACCAUCACCGUGCACUAUUUAGAUUUGCAGCUUACGCCUAGCGGAGAAGUCACCAAACAGAUUGGAGAGGCCCUGCCUGUGUCAUGCACAAUUUCUUCUAGUAGGAAUGCAACUGUGUUUUGGAUAAAGGACAACACCAGAAUGCAAACGAGCCCAUCAUUUUCCAGCCUUCAGUAUCAAGAUGCUGGAAACUACAUCUGUGAGACCACCCUGCAGGAGGUUGAAGGGUUAAAGAAAAGGAAGACGCUUAAACUUAUUGUAGAAGGAAAACCUCAAGUCAAAAUUACAAAGAAAACUGACACAAAUAAAAUGUCUAAAACAAUUGUCUGCCACGUGGAAGGUUUCCCCAAACCAGCAGUGCAGUGGACAGUUACUGGUACUGGCAGCAUCCUAAACAAAACAGAGGAGACCAAAUACGUUAAUGGAAGAUUUUCCAGUAAAAUUGUAAUUGCACCUGAAGAGAAUGUGACUUUAACCUGCAUUGCAGAAAAUCAAUUAGAAAGAACUGUAACCUCCAUGAAUGUCUCUGCUAUAAGCAUUCCAGAAUAUGAUGAGCCAGAGGAUAGAAAUGAUGACAAUAGAGAAAAGGUUAAUGACCAAGCAAARCUAAUAGUGGGAAUUGUAGUUGGUCUUCUCUUGGCUGCUCUGGUGGCAGGCGUUGUCUACUGGCUCUACGUGAAGAAAUCAAAGACAGCAUCCAAACACGUAGACAAAGAUCUUGGAAAUAUAGAAGAAAAUAAAAAACUCGAAGAAAACAAUCAUAAAUCUGAGGCUUAAGAGACAGAAGGUGUCAGCCGUCAUUCCAGAGAAUACGUAUAGACCAAUUGAAGCAUGAACGUGGAUUGUAUUUAAACCUAUACAAAGAAGUGACAGCUAUUCAUGGUUCAAGUAUUAAACAGACCAUACUAUCGAGUUUUCCAAGGAUUUUAGACACAAUUAUCUCAAGUUUAAAAAAAAAAAAAAACUAAUUUUGGCAACAGCCAUGAUAAUAGGUCACCAUGUUGUGUUCUGUUUGAAAUAUUUUUUUGUAAAUGUCUGCACUGAAGAUUUCUUUUUGUUUGCCUUUAUGUAAAUUUUUUACGUAGCUAUUUUUAUACACUGUAAGGCUUUGUUCUGGGAGUUGCUGUUAAUCUGAUGUAUAGUGUAACGUUUUUAUUUCAAUUGUUUUUAUGACACCCUUUGAGCAGGUACAUGUCUAAUUCUGAUUGUUAUCAGUGAAGCCUCUGCUUUGUAGCAAGCACCUAAAGCGUAAGAUUGUCUUUAAGGAAAAUAUCAAGCUCUUUUCUUGUUCUUUCAAAUCUCAGUAAAGAGAAAGGAUGACAGCUGUGACAAAAAUAAAUCGGUAACCAAAGUGAAAAUUAAAAAAUUCCAAGCAAAGCUUAACUGCCAGAAAGGGAAUGAAGAGUUUCUGCAGAGAAGGCUGGGUCUUGAACAAGGAAUGUAACAAAGCCCUSCCAGCCUCCCAAAGGAUGGUGGCUAAUAAUCCUUUUCUUCUAGAGGAAGACACACCUUUUAUUGAUGUGGUAUCGGUUCUCUUUUGUGUUAGAAUUAGGAUAAGAAACUGGAAUUCUGGAUUGGUUUUGAUUCCUUUGUUAUCUGCUGCCUUAAAGUACUGUACCUUCUCUUCCUUUCAAAAGAUAUCAGUCAGAAUUGGAGACCUUCCAAAAAAAAAGAAAGUCAUAUCAAAGCUGCAUUUUUUUCCACAGAAAUAGAAUAUAUAUAUUUUUUGUGUGUUUUUGUUAACUACGCUACAGAUAUCGAAUGCACCUUGAGAUAAUUUUAGUGUUUUUAACUGGUACCUAAUUUAUCAAACAGUACAUAUAAUUGUARCUAUGAAAUGUCUAUGUAUCUUUAGUUACAUUCAAGUUUGUAACUUUAUAAACAUGUUUUAUGCUUGAGGAAAUUUUUAGAAGGGUAUUGAUAAGAAAACAUUAUAGGGUAAAUGGCCAAUAGAAAAAAAAAUGGACUUGGGAGGGAGAAAGUUUCAUGUUACACAGCAGGUUAGUUCCAGGACGCAAAUAACCGGCAGUUUCGAUGGAGACAAAGAGGAGAGUAAGCAGAACAUCAGGUUUCCAUUUACAGAUAUCCAGGGAAAAAGUAAGUUUUUAUAGACUGGUAGACAGAAAUAAAUAAAUAAAUAAAUAAAUAAAUGACAAAGAUGGACGUUAGGAAAUGUAUUUUGCCACUUUUGCAUUAUUUAGGGGGAAGAAAACACUGUUACUUGUAAAUUUGUAAAAUGUUAAAUGUCUGGGCAGUAGUGACUGAUGUCUUAAUAAAAGCUUCCUGUAGUGCAUUGGCAUGGAUUAAAUACAUAAGAUGUCCUAUAAACUCUACGCUGUAUAAAAUAUUAGAGGGGAAAUCCUGUUACAUUGCCUCUAAACUUUGAUUUGUUACUGUUUUAUUUGGCAAAAAAAAUAUAAUCUUGGUCAACAUUUAAACCAAAGUMAAAUGGGGGAAAAGAACCAAAGUAAUUUGU